AUGCAUCAAAUGGUGAACCCACAGAGACACCGCUUGCUCAUGCUCUCCUCUCUCUCUCCCGCUUCCUCCGUUUGUCUCUCGCGAACUACGCAUAGCCAUCGCCGAACCUCCCAACGGUAUCUACAUCGCGCCACGCCGACCAGCACAAUCGAAUCAGUCGCAGUUCUCGGUUCACUCUACACCUCCUGCACGUGUGGAGGAAUUACCGGUCUAUCUACUGCUUGGUACCUCUCCAAGCUUGCUCCUUCUGUUCCCGUUAAGCUGUAUGAGAAGCUCGAUAGGCUCGGGGGAUGGCUUAACACUAAGCGAGUCGAAUCCGAGGAUGGAACUAUCCAGUUUGAACAGGGUCCUCGAACAAUUCGCCCUUGGACCGUUUCUGGAUUGGCCACAAUAGAUAUGAUCCGGCAGCUGGAUUUGGAAAAGGACUUAGUACUCAUCUCGAAAAACACCCCGGCAGCUAAAAACAGAUUCAUCUACUUUCCCGAUCGCCUAAACCAGCUUCCGAGUGGUCUACUCUCACUAUUGCUGAGUCCAAACCUGCCAGUCAUGAAAGGGAUCUUCACUGGUAUCCUUGCUGAGCCCUUCAGAAAGCGCCGACCGGCGGAUCUAACGGAUGAAUCGGUGGGUAGCUUCAUCAGUAGACGUUUCAACAAGACCCUAGCGAACAACCUCAUGUCGGCGGGGCUGCACGGGAUAUAUGCGGGUGACAUAGAUCAGCUCAGCGCGAAGUCCCUGUUCCCAAGGUUCUGGAUGGCCGAAGCGCACCAUGGAAGCCUGAUGAAAAGUGCCCUCAGUAACAAGGUAAUAGAAACUGAAGACGAUCAGACCACUCGAGCGGAAUUGCACGACGAUAACGUCGGCAUUUGCGCGCGGAUGCAAGGGACGAGUGUGUACUCGUUUAGGAAUGGGAUCGAAACACUGAGUUUAGCUUUGGCGAGAGAUCUAGAGAAAAGCCCCAACGUUACAAUAAAGCUUGGGGCGAAGUUGAGUAGCAUUGAUUAUGCCAAACCCCAAGGGUUGCCAAUCAAUAUCGCUGAAGGGUCAAACAAACCUGUCAGCUGUUCCCAUGUAAUAUCGACGUUAUUCGCUCCGUCGCUCAAUUCCCUCCUCCCAACAUCCUUGCAAUCCCCCUCCUUAGCAUCCGUUCAAGCCGUCACAGUUCUAGUCGUAAACCUUUACUACCGAACACCAAACCUCCUUCCAGUCCAAGGUUUCGGCUACCUAGUCCCUAAAUCCGUCCCGGGCUCCGAGAAUCCCGAAAAAGCACUCGGCGUGAUAUUCGACUCGGACACCACCCCAUCCCCAGGCACCAAAGUGACAGUAAUGAUGGGUGGACACUACUGGCAAGACCGCACCUCCUACCCAGACAAGCACGAAGCCGUCGAAAUGGCAAGAACAGUAUUGCAACGGCACUUGAGAAUCACAGAAACACCGGCACUCACCAAUGUUGCAUUGCAAAAGGAUUGCAUCCCACAAUAUACGGUCGGCCACGAUGAGCGGAUGGAGAGAGCACAUGAGGACCUGCUAACGGGAUUUGAUGGACGACUGAGCGUGGCUGGGAAUAGCUAUUCGGGUGUUGGAUUGAACGAUUGUGUUAGGAAUGCGAGGGAUGUGGUAAAGGGCUUGCUCGGUGGGAGGAGCUUAACUGGGUUGGAAGGAUUUAAGGGUAAGCGGUGGGUUUCAUGA